GACCCUAGACUGAAGUAUUUCGCGCGAGAUCCCAAAGCAGUGUCCGGUGUUUUCGGCCUUGAGGUCCGUCAGCUUUCUUCUUCUGUUCGGUUUCUUUACACAAAUUUUUAUUUUUUUAGAACAAAUAAAAACUUUAUUUUUGGUAAAACGUUAAACAGAAGUCAUGUUCUCAGACGUCACGGUGCCGAAGGAGACGCUGCUCCACCCCCCGAGUUCGGACAGGCCGGUGUUUGAGAGACAGGAGCCGUCCUACUCCAGCUGCUCGCAGUGUUUCUGUCUGGGCGAGCGCAGCUUCAGCCGUCAGUACGCUCACAUCUACGCCACUCGCCUCAUGCAGAUGCGGGAGAUCCUGAGCGAGAGAGCGCGGCAGAAAUGGGGUUCAUCACUGCCCAUCAGGAAGCUGUGUGACCUGCAGAUGGGAGAGAGGUGUGUGAUCGUGGGUACGUUAUUCAAACACAUGGAGCUGCAGCCGUCCAUCCUGAAGGAGAUCAGUGAGGAGCACAACCUGCUCCCUCAGCCUCCACGUGCCAAAUACAUCAGCCAAUCAGACGAGCUCAUUCUGGAGGACGAGCUGCAGAGGAUCAAACUGGAGGACAAAAUCGAAACGUCCAAGUUUGUCACCGGAAGUGUGAUCGCUAUCCUGGGUGCCGAGAAAAACGAUGGUAAAUUUACGGUGGAGGAUUUUUGUCUGGCCGAUCUCCCGCCUCAGACGCCUCGAGAGCCUUUAAACACAGACAGGUUCGUGCUUCUGGCCUCGGGGCUGGGGUUGGGCGGCAGCAGAGCAGAGAGCAUGCUGGGAUUGCAGCUGCUGGUGGACAUGGUAUCGGGUCACCUGGGCGACGUGGGAGAGCAGGGCGCGGCGGCGUCCAUCUCUCGCGUCCUGCUGGCUGGAAACCUGCUGAGUCGGAGCACACAGGAUAAAGACUCCAGCACGAAGGCGAAGUAUCUGACCAAGAAGACGCAGGCUGGAAGUGUGGAGGCCAUCAGACUGCUGGAUGAGCUGCUGGUUCAGCUGGUGGCCUCUGUAGCAGUGGACGUAAUGCCGGGAGAGUUUGACCCCACCAACUUCACUCUGCCUCAGCAGCCCCUGCACAGCUGCAUGUUCCCUCUGUGUGGCUCGUACCGAACCCUGCAGUUGGUCACUAACCCGUACCAGGCCGUGGUGGACGGCGUACGAUUCCUGGGCACUUCAGGACAGAACGUGAGUGACAUCGUGAAGUACAGCAGUGUGGAUGAUCACCUAGAGAUUCUGGAGAACACACUGCGACUCAGACAUAUGGCUCCUACCGCACCAGACACACUGGGUUGUUACCCGUUCUACCAGAAGGACCCGUUCAUCCUUAGUGAGUGUCCUCAUGUGUACUUCAGUGGAAACGCUCCGAGCUACCAGUCCAGGCGCGUCACAGGUUCUGAAGGUCAGGAGGUGCUGCUGGUGACAAUCCCAGAAUUCAGCAGUACACAGACGGCCUGCCUGGUGAACCUACGCACGCUGGAGUGCGAGCCAAUCAGAUUCUCCGCCUUUUCCACCGAGGACGAUGAGGAGAGCGAGAUGAACAUCAGCCACUAAACAGUGCACAAAAUGGCAGGCUUUUUUUCUUAGAGAUAAGUGUGAGUAGGAGUGGAAGCCUUGAGUGAUAAGGAAAUAUAAUAAUAAUAAUAAUAAUAAUCAGAAGAAAAAGAUUAAGAAGAAAAUAAAUGAGUGCCUGGAAGUAAAAUAUGUCGCAAAUAACGGGUUGGUGAACGUCAUGGUGUUCUUUCUGUGUUGAGAAUCAUAGAGAUCAAACUAAAAAAAAAAUCCAUAAACAAGCCUUUAUUGGAUGAAACAUCAAGUCCAUUCGACCUCCAGAUCUCCAAGAGAAACGUCUCCUGUAGACAUUGUGCAGUGCUGACCUGACAGAGUUGCUUAUUGUGUGAUAAAAAAAAAAGUGUAAAUAAAGUCACUUUUUGUAUAAA